UUGUGUAAUAAUAUCAGCAUAAAAAAAGACCAUUCAGAUUUUAUUUUAGUUAUGUAUCAUAUUAUAGGUGCAACGAUGUGAUUUGGUAUCGCAUAAUUUCGUAUCCCCAAUUCCGGAACUUUAACGGAGGAGAUUUUGAAUAUUUAUUGAUUCGCCAAUAUUGUCAAAAUCCUUUAAUCCCAUCCCCGCCUUAUACGUAAAUUCUUUCUCUAUUUAAAAUUGUAAAGAUGUCAAAUAAUAACGUAAAAUAUCAAUCGUGCGACCCACAUUUAUAUUACAACUAUAGCGAUUUUAGUAAUAUUAAAGAAAUUGGCGAAGGAAAAUUUGGAAAAGUCUACCGUGCAGAAAGGAGAAAUUCUGAGCAAUAUUUCGUGUUAAAAUCUCUUAAUUUUGACAAAGAUAUUUUUGAAGAAAUUGUUCGCGAGGAGAUUAAUCUUCAACGAGCAGUAGAUGUUCAUGACAAAAUUAUUCGUUUCCUUGGUAUUACAAAUUCUAAUUCAGAAAAAUUACUCGUAAUGGAAUAUGCCGAUAACGGUUCCCUUCAAGAUUAUCUAAAGCAAACAUUUAAUAAAUUAACUUGGAAUAACAAAUACGAAUUAGCAUUUCAGUUGGCUUACGCUGUAUCAUUUUUGCAUAAUAAAAAAAUUGUACAUCGUGACUUGAAUUCUAGUAAUGUGUUGGUUCAUCAAAAUAAUAUUAAAUUGGCAAAUUUUGGAUUAUUAAAAAGAAUCAAAAUGAAGUGAUGUUUACAGUAUUGGUGUACUUUUAUGGGAAAUCUCAAGUGGUAAAAGACCGUUCUGUGAUGUAUCAUAUGAUUGCAAUUUAGCUAAAAAAAUUUCACAAGGCCGUAGAGAAGAAAUUGUUUCAGAAUGUUGGAAUAAUAAAC